GGGGCCAACAACGCGAUGAACAAUAUCAUCCCAGAGGUGCUCCCAACCGGGGCCCUAUGGAUAGCCCAACGCGGCAUGUCGAUAGUCCUAGUCACCGCCGCGAUAGCCCUAAUCGAAAUCUUGAUAGCCCUAGUCGACAUAGAGACAGAAAUCCUGAUGAGCCUCUUAGGCAGCAGUCACAUAGGGAUAGCCCUAGUAGGAAUAUAGAUAGCCCUGAUAGAUAUCGUGAUAGUCCAAAUAGACAUCGUGAUAGCCCAAAUAGACAUCAGGAUAGCCCAAAUAGACAUCGGGAUAGUCCAAAUAGACAUCGGGAUAGUCCUUCCCAUCAUCGCGAUGGGCAGACUAGACACCGUGAUAGUCCAAGUAGGAACUUAGAUAGCCCAAGCAGGCAUAGGGAUAGCCCGAGUAGUAGGCAUCGGGAUCGGGAUAGCUCUAAUCGGUAUCGUGAUGGGUCGGGUACUAGACAUCGAGAUAGUCCCAGUAGACAAGUAUACAGUCCAGACAGUGAAAGGAGCAUGGGAAGUAAUAGACAGUACAAGGAUCGUUCACGUGAUCCUUCCCGGGAACGAAGCUACAACAAAUCUCCAUAUAAGGACAGCCCUAGGGAUAGGAAUCAAAAUGGGAUUCCCCCUAUCCCCACAGAAGAUCCCCCCAGAAAAAUGAUCGCCUUGUAUGAUUAUGACCCCCAGGAAUUAUCACCUAAUGUUGAUGCAGAGAGAAUCAUCGAGCCAAUGAUGCCGAUGGAUUUGACUCCGGCUCCUUCUCCGAAAAAAUCCAAGAAAUCUACGAAAAAAGAUAAAACAUCAACAAGUCCAGCACAUUCUAUUAAUGCCGAUUCAAAUGACAAAAAGGACAAGAAAAAAGGAUUCUUUUCAAUGAAAGGGAAGAGUUUCUUCAAGAAGCUGAAAAAAUAAAAAUAAAUUGUUGCCUUUUAUGAUGUAACUGAAAAUGUAGUGAUGUCCGUAUUGUAGCAAAAAAUGAUAUUUGAGCAGAAUCAUGCAAUCAGAAGUGAAUUUCUGAUUCGUUUAUGCCUCAGUCUCUUUAUUCGUAAUUUUGUCGAU